AUGGCUGCUCUACACACAACCAGUCCCUACCGAGAAUGCAUACUAACGAGAAAUGAUAUCGAAGCUCUCAUUGCCGAGGGACGGAAGAUAGUAAUACUAGACGGCAAAGUGAUCAAGCCAGACGCAUGGCUUCCCUACCACCCAGGUGGUGACAAGGCUAUCCUUCACAUGGUUGGUCGAGAUGCGACGAACGAGGUCAAGGCUUUCCAUUCCCGGGAGACGCAGGACUUCAUGCUCAAGUAUCAGAUUGGCAGGAUAGAAGGACCAUGGGUCGACUUUCUGCCACCGAUACAGGGUGGUGUGUUUAGGACGAAGGAUAUGCAGGGGGCAGAGGAUGGAAGGAGUUCGGCGGAGAGGGACUCAUCAGACCGGGAUAGUUCGGUGGAACUAUCGCCCAUCUUCGAUGCAACAGAAAGUUCAUCCUACCUCAGAAGAAGGAAGAGCAAUGGUGCUGCCAAUGAUGACUCCUCCGCAACCUCACUUUCCGACAUGGAGCUCAAGGAGCCGACGCAGACCUCCAAGAAAGCCAACAACGACAACCAUCCAGAACUCCUCUACGACCUCGACGCCUACCCGGAUCUAAACCCCACCACCCAAGCGAACAUCAACCAAAAAUACAAACUCCUCGACGCCCGCCUGCGCGCCCAAAACCUCUACGCCUGCAACUACACCGCCUACUUCUACGAACUCCUCCGCUACACUCUCCUCGCCCUACUAGCCUACUCCUGCCUGCAAACCCACCACUACAUCCCCUCGGCCCUCUUCCUCGGAAUGCUCUGGCACCAACUAACCUUCACCGUGCACGACGCCGGCCACAUGGGCAUAACCCACUCCUUCCACCUCGACAGCCUCCUCUCCAUCCUCGUCGCCGACUUCCUCGGCGGCCUAAGCGCAUGCUGGUGGAAACAAAACCACAACGUCCACCACAUCGUCACCAACUCCGCCGAGCACGACCCGGAUAUCCAACAUAUGCCUUUCUUCGCCAUCUCGCCCCGUUUCUUUGGCAGUCUGAGAAGUACUUACUACGACCGCAUCAUGGCCUUUGAUUCCGUGGCGAAGUUCACGUUAAAGUAUCAACAUUACCUCUACUACCCCAUCCUCUGCUUCGGCCGCUUCAACCUCUACGUCCUGAGCUGGCAGUACAUCAUCCUCGGCCAAGGCCCACGCAAGGGUCCCGCGCGCUACCAUCGAUACCUCGAGAUGCUAGGCCAGGUCUUCUUCUGGUACUGGUUCGGAUACCUCGUCGUCUACCGCAGUAUCCCCACCGCUUGGGAACGGAUACUAUAUAUUGCCAUCUCCCACGCCGUGACCAUGCCCGUACACGUGCAAAUCACACUCUCCCACUUCGCCAUGUCGACCGUCGAUCUGGGACCCGCGGAGUCCUUCCCACAGAAGAUGUUACGCACGACCAUGGACGUCGACUGUCCGUGCUGGCUGGACUGGUUCCACGGUGGGUUGCAAUUCCAAGCUGUGCAUCAUUUGUUCCCUCGCAUGCCGCGACAUAAUUUACGCCGGGCGCAGGGGUUUGUGAGGGAGUUUUGCGAGGAUGUCGGGAUCCCUUAUGCGAUUUUUGGGUUUGUGGAGGGGAAUGGGAAAGUGAUUGGGCGGUUGGGGGAGGUGGCCAAGCAAGCGAGGAUGUUGGCGGGGUGUCAGAGGAGUAUUACUGUCGGGGAGGUGUUGGACGGGCAUUAA